GCCGAGCACCAGACAACAACACUCCUUCGCCAUGUUCAAGCUGUUCGUCUUCCUCGCCCUCGUGGCCUGCGCUGUUGCCGCCCCCGGCCUGGUGGGAGCCCCCGUGGCCUACGCCGGUGUCCCCGUCGCCGCCCCCCUCGCCGCCCCCAUCGCCGCCGCCCCUCUGGCUUAUGGCGCCUACGGAGCCUACGCCCACGCCCCUCUGGCCUACAGCGCCCCUCUGGGCCUCCGCACCGCCAUCUACGGUUGA